UCAUUAUGAGUUCUACCAUUGAUGCAAUAUAUCGUUGUAUUUAUUAAAUUUUAUUUGAUCACGUUUCAAACAUUAAUAUUCACUCAGUGGUGUUGUGUUCAAACUGUUGCACGUAGUUUCUUGAGCGGAUUCUGUUUUGUUUUAUCCUGUUGGACUUCAGCGUGUAUAGACACAACUAGAGAUGACGACGAUGGCCGCGUUUUUGCCAAUUGGUUUAAUACUUGCGUCUGUUCCCGGUGCAUAUUUAUAUAACUUCAACUAUGCAGGGGCCCAAGCGGGGUUCGGGCCACAAUUUCCCCCAUUCCCCCCCUUCCCUACUAUUCCGCAGAUAGUGAUGCCUACAAUGCCACAGAUCGUAAUGCCAGCUUUCCCACAAGUUUCCAUAAUUUCCCCGGAAGACAUCAUUAAGAAGAGUAUUGGACCUGGAGAGAACUUUCAAGGCAUAUCAGUGUCUUCGUUAAGUUCAUCUAUUCUUGGAAAAGAUGGAAAGGUUAUCAGAAAUGGAGGAACCACUGUUUACACACGCAACAACGAUGUUGUUAAGAAAUACAACUUUGACGAUGGCACGGAUAUAAACAUUAUAUCGACUUCGGUAAGGAAAACAUGAAGCAUUUUAUGCAUGAAAAUAUAACUAUUUAAGACUUUACCUCCCUAUUAACUUAUCAAACCUAAGGAAUUAAUUUAAAAUGAAAUAGUUCAAAUUAUAUCAUAGAAAUAACGUUAAUAUUUUACAAAUAAACAGUUUUUUUCGACUUCUUCACAGCAGUCACAACCUAACUAGACUUAUUAAUUAUCUACGAUUGUUGGUUAUAUUUACACAAAAUAAAAUUAUUUUGAGAUAUUUUGAAAUUACUUUUGCAUGUGAAUCAUAAAUAAUUGUUUGCCAGCGCUUUUUGCAUGUUAUUUACUGCUUCAAUAAAUUACUCGUGUGA